CUCAUCUGAUCAGCACACCCAAAGCUUCGCCAUGGAUCUAACCGAGAUUCCGUUUAACUCAUCAGUGAUCCUUCAGUCAAUCCGCAAAGGAAAAAGCUUGCAGAACCCGCUUGGCUCCAAGAAGGCUCGCUGUUUAACCGACAACCGCGAUCGCUACGAGCAAGUGUUCUUACAUCGUGUCCGUGACGACAAGAUCGCCAUCCAGUCAGCUCACAAUGGACGCUUCCUCCAAGUUCGUGCAAAUGGAGAGUGCGUCUUUGACCCUAAAGAGCCUGGCGAGUGGGAGCUCUUCACCAUGGAGACGGACUCGAGCUGUGCGCUGUACUUUGUGUCGUGCCACACGGGGAAUGUCCUUCAUUGCAACGACAGCAAUGAAGCCAGGUGUGCAAACCAGAACCGUCAAGACUGGGAGGCGUGGAGGAUCGUGGAGCCCCGUAUAAAUUCAAUUGCCACCCACCCGCAGCGAGCUGUGGAUCACCGCUACGUCCUUGUGGGCAAAGACCGUCAGCACUUGGUUCUGGAGCUCGCGAGAUGCGGGAAGACACCGACCGAGAUCGAGCAAAUUGUGACGAGCCUGUUUGAUGCUCCACUUGCCAUAGCUUCAGGCUCGGCUCUUGCUGUUCAAGUCGACAAGGAGUAG